UAGCAACGUUUCCCAAGUUUAAAUUUGUGAAGUGCCUAGCGUUACCUCGGCGGCGCUUGCUGCAGUUUCUUCAGUGUUGUGGCAACUACUGUGACAGUCAUCUUUUUAUUUGGGUGACUUGAUGGCUGCACAAUGGCGAAUCCUGUUACUCGAAAUAAGGGCAGGCCAAGAAAACCUCUGAUUAUGAGUCAUGUGGAACCAGGAGUCGCCAUACCGCGAUCACCUUGGGAAGACUUGGACAUCGGCAAUGAAUCUCUCCGCGCUUCUGCCACAGCGCAAUGGCCCGGCUGCCCUCCGUCACUUGCUGCUGCGUGGCGCUGUCCCUGAUGCUGCUACUCGCGCACGCUGCGCCCUCCUACGGCGACUACGACAGUGUGCGCGAUCUGUACGAGCUGCUGCUGCAGAAGGAGGCCUUGGAGGGCCGCCUGGCGCCGCCGCAGCCGCAGCAGGCGCACGAGCUCGUGCGCAAGUCCAACCGCUCGCCGUCACUGCGCCUGCGCUUCGGCCGCCGCGCCGACCCGCUCUUCACGGGAUCAUCUUUCCUGGAUCACUCUUCGGUGGAAGGCCCUGUAGAAAACUGAAAAGAACAUUUGAAAUUUGGUGAUGAAUCUCUUCUAUGUUCCUUGUAAUCUAGAUGUAUAUUUUUUUUAAUUUCAUUUAGUUCUGUCCUCUCAAUUUACCUCUUGGUCAUGGUCUAAAUAUAUCUCAGAACAUAUGUAUAGAACUACAUAGACAAAUAAUUGAUGUUCUGAAUUAUGUGUAAGAUAUUAAUUAUUCUUCCAAAGUAGCUGUACAAUGGAAUUCCUAAUUAAAAAUUAAUCUUUAAGGCAGAACUGAAAAUGGCUGCUGUGUGAAUUAUUUCGUGUAUAUUAUUAUUUAUUUGUGUCCAUCCCUUUCAUUUUAAAUGUUCAACUUCCACUACACAUCUGAAUCUGUAAUAAGUUACUGUAACAAAUUUUCACUGUGAAAUAACAAAGAAAUAUAAUUGUAAAGAAAAUAUUAAGAAUAAAGAUAAAGCACCGCCAUUUAUUGUGAGGUAAAAUGUGUAUUAUACCUCCUAUUGAAGAUGUAUAAGUAGAUGUAGAAGUCGUAUAACGAGAUUGAUAAUAUUUUAGUUUAUUUUCUUUAAAUCUUUGUUAAGUUAUUUCUAAAAUCAUAUAAAAGUAUUUGUCGUCUCUACGCGGUAAUGAUUACGAACUGUCACAAAUUUAUUAGAAAGGAAAAUUAUAUAGAGAGAGAUAUACGAAGGGCAUUCAAAGUUUCCGGAAUUGCUUUGCCGUCACCAAGCUAGCAAUAAUACAGGGCUCACAUUCUUGUGGUAGGGGGCUGAGUAUGUUCGCAAGCGGGCCAAAUUGGUCUGGACUUAUUUCAUUGCACAGUGGUCUCACUGCUCUGUGGCACGUGGAGGUGAGUGGUGUUCGCAAUUCGGCGUACUCUCGCAGUUCGAACAGCGUGGGAACAGCAAGUUCAUGUGCAAACUUGGAAAAUUGGCUUCAGAGACUCUAUCGUUCUUGCUACAUCGUGGCCUGGACAGUCUGUUACAGAAAAUUUCUGUUUAAGGUUUGCAGAGUGUGCAUGAUUCGCUA